CUUAUUUUAAAGGUCAAAUAAUAAGCACAAAACCCACUCGAGAAAUAUAAUAUAAAACAGUAACCACAAACGAAGUACGUACGAGUGUGAUUUGUUUUAUCCUUCAAUAACUGUUAACAGCACAAUGACGGAUGUUCUGGAUAUUUACAACCACGAGGAAUUCGAAGUUGAUGAAGAUGGUGAUCAGGGAAUUGCUCGACUAAAGGAGAAAGCACGCAAACGCAAAGGACGCGGUUUUGGAAACGAAAGCAUCCCUCGCGAAGCAAUCGACUAUGAGAGAUUACAAGAUGACGAAGAGGAAGCAGAACCCGGCCCACAACGUUCCGUCGAAGGCUGGAUCCUAUUCGUUACCUCGAUUCACGAAGAAGCUCAGGAGGAUGAUAUACAGGAAAAAUUUUGCGAAUUUGGGGAUAUCAAAAAUAUUCAUUUGAAUCUGGAUCGUCGAACCGGUUUCCUCAAGGGUUACGCACUAGUGGAAUAUGAGACGUAUAAACAGGCGCUGGCAGCAAAGGAAGCGCUUAAUGGAUCUGAAAUUCUUACGCAAACAAUCGCAGUUGAUUGGUGCUUUGUCAAAGGUCCGAAGAAACUGAAGAAAUCUGGGGAACGUAGAAGACGAUAGGCCAACGCUAUUUGAAUAAUUUAUUCAUUUCGUAAAAACAUGUAUUAAAUAAAGACGUAUAAUUGAAAAAUGAACACUCAA